UCUGUCAACGUUUGACAGCGGUUUCGGCGGGAAAGCAUUUCUUCUUAACCCUGCCUCGCGUGUCACGAAUGGAUGUUGCGCUUUACAAUCCAGUUACUUUCUUAAACGCAUCGCGUUCAAGGUUUUCAACGCACGUAUGUUCAGUAGUUUUCAUUUGAUUCAAGACUUUGUGUAAACUGAUUAACUAAAUGCCUCUCGCGAGUGGAAAAAUGGAUAAGGAAAAGUGUUGUUAUGACAAUUCUGCGUUUGUGUUGACUGAGAAAAAUAUUUGGAUGCAAAAUGAGCGUCCAGAGGGCAACGGCACAAUGGCGGACAUGGGAGUGUCACAGGCAGAGCUGGUGGAGCCCCGGGGAGACAACGGGCGCAAGCUGCCGCAGUACCUUGCUGCCCUUGCAGCUACCCUGGGAGCGCUAGCGGCCGGUUCCAUGCUGGGUUGGUCAGCCCCCGUGAUGGUCAAGCUGACAGACCCCAACAGUACCGACUACGACUUCGCCGUGACAAAAGGCCAAGGAGACUGGAUAUCCUCCGUCAUCAACCUUGGAGCUGCCUUCAUAUGCUUCCCCAUCGGUCUCGUUAUGGACGCUAUAGGACGUAAAAAGACCAUGUUGCUCCUCGUACUACCCUUCACUUUAGGCUGGCUACUCAUCACCUUCGGCACCAGUGUGGGCAUGCUCAUCGCAGGUAGGCUCAUCACUGGUAUCGCCGGAGGAGCCUUCUGUGUCACCGCCCCCGCCUACACCAGUGAAAUAGCACAAGACUCCAUCAGAGGAACACUAGGAAGCUACUUCCAGCUGAUGAUAACCAUCGGUAUCCUGUUCGCGUACGUCGUCGGUGGAUACGCCUCGGUGUUCGUCUUCAACAUCCUCUGUACUUGCAUUCCUAUCAUCUUCGGUGUCGUAUUCUUCUUCAUGCCUGAGAGUCCCAACUUCUUGGUGGUUAAAGGCAAACACGACGAGGCGAGAGAAGCGUUGGUCCGACUCCGUGGCAGCGCUUAUGACGUAGACUAUGAGCUCAACAACUUGAAGGCGAGGACGGAAGAAAACGAAAGGAACAAAGUGUCUUACAUCGCCGCUCUCAAGAAAAAGACCGCUCUGAAAGCUCUCCUCAUUUGCUACGCCCUGAUGGUGUUCCAGCAACUGUCUGGUAUCAACGCCGUCAUCUUCAACACCUCUCAGAUCUUCUCGGACGCCGGCGCCACAAUCCCGCCCACUAUUUCCACCAUUAUUAUCGGAGUGAUCCAGGUGAUCGCGACUUUCAUCUCCAGUUUGGUAGUGGACAAGCUCGGCAGACGUAUCUUGUUGCUCCUGUCUGCGCUGGUGAUGUGCGUGUGUUCGACUGCGCUGGGAGUGUACUUCUUCCUGCAACAGACGCACGGCGGCGACGCGGACAUCGUGCAGGCCAUCACCUGGCUGCCGCUGGUGUCUCUGUCUCUGUUCAUCAUCGCGUUCUCUCUCGGUUUCGGUCCCAUCCCCUGGAUGAUGGCGGGCGACCUCUGCCAGAUUGACAUCAAGGCUUUCGUCGGCUCCACUGCGGGAACCCUGAACUGGCUGCUGAGUUUCACGGUGACGAGUACAUUCAACUCCUUGAACUCGGCGAUAGGCGCCGGCCAGGUGUUCUGGAUGUUCGCUGGUAUCAUGUUGGUGGGCUUCGUGUUCAUCUUCUUCGUGAUCCCCGAGACCAAGGGCAAGAGUGUGGACGAGAUCCAAGUGUUGCUGGGCGGCGAGCCCCAGCAGAGGUCCGAGGAGAAGAAAUAAACGCCACGAACAGACUGACAGACAUCACAUAGUAUUUUUGUACUGAGACUUACACUUAAAGGUUUCUUUGGUGUCGCAGUGCUUCGGUUUAAGCAAUAUUAUAAUUUUAUAGAACCAAAGAGUUACGAUGUAUCAUUUAGAUGUACCGUAGGGUUUACCGCUGCGCUGUAAUUAUUUAUUUGUUAAACUUUACGACAUCCAGUCACUGGCAGCUUGUUAUAUUAUAGGCGCGUGAUGUGCAUAUUGUAACGAAUUCAGUUGUAGCUAGAACGAAUUUCCUUGAAGGAUUUAUUGCGAGUAACAUGGUAACAAUAAUAAUUGUAAUGUUUAGGCUAAAUAUGUGGUUCAUGUAAUGUAUGUACCGAUAUCAAUUUGUGGGGGUUUGUGCCCCAUUGGUCCACACACUCGUCCCUAAGAAUGAGAUUUUGUAGACAAAAAGAUCGAAAUAUCAACUUUUGUAACUUUAUAUGGAAAUUGAGUAAUCUGUUUGGAUAUGUCUUGCAAUAUUGGAUUGAAAACUGGUUUCAACGCAAUGGUUUGGAACUCUCAUGUUACAUGAGUACUUUCUGUUUCAAGGAGUCGAGUGUCAUUGCAUAAGAUGACUUUUCAUUACAAAAUAACAGUUGAGAUGUUAGUACUUCAUUGCAUCGAUAUUUCGAGAGAUUUCACAAUAAUUAUAUUCUUUAAGAAAUAUUCGAUAAUUGAAGUUUUAAAUGACUAGAUCUGUUUAUUUGUGAUGAAAAGUUGUCUUAUGUAUAAAAUAGGUUUUGUAAAGGACCCAGUUGCCUAUUUAUGUAGGAUUUUACUUAAUUACAUGUUAGGUAUUGAUAGUAGAUUUGCUACAGAACUUUUGGCUCGACCUCAAAGACGUCUCUCAUAUCGAAAUGCCAUAAUGUUGAUAUUAUUAUAUUAUACAAGUUUAUAUAGAAAUUCAUAUAUUUGCUAAUGUUAUAUAAAAAAUAUUUAUAAUUAUUAUUUAAUACCUGUUAAAACAAUAACGAGAGUAGCGCAAAUAUUGUGAGAUUUUUAAUAUAAAUUAAUUAUUUAAUAAUAUAAUUUAUUUAUUGAAAUAAUUUAUUGUAAAUUUUUGCUCAAAUGUCAUCUGGAUUUUUGGAAUAUGAAAUAUUAUGUUUAAUUGUAAGUGAAUUAUGAAUGCAUUUAUUUAUUGGCUUAUGAUUAAUUAAAUUAUUUAUAUAAAUAAGUGCACUAUGCCAAUGCAAUUGCCACCUUAUGCCAUUAAGUAAUUGGGCACUUAUAAGAAAAACAAAUUAUUUUAAAUGUUCCUGAAAUUGUUUUCAAAAUGGAUAUCAAGUAUAAAAGACCUGUCUCGCAUAUUUUAAGAAAAAUAAUAUUAUGGUUGUAUAUAUUGUUAUUAGAAUAAGUUUUAUAGUGAUAAUAAAUGUGGAAAAUAUUUA